AUGCAACUCUCAGACUUGCCCAUUGAGCCUUUUAUCAGAAUACUUCCAAUUGAAGAUCAUCUUUUGGACCUCCCCAUUGAAAUCAUUGUCCCAUGGCUAAACUUAUUACCUGCGGCGGAGCUGUUCAGAAUAAUAGGAGACAGUGGAAUCGGCCGUGUAGCCAGGAAUGAUGGGUUGUUGCCUCAGGUAACUGUGCCAGGUAAGGUGUGCAAUAAAACUGAUGCUCCAUUCAACAAGACUAUGACACUCGUUGACCCUUUGAAGUACCACUUCAGUACCGAAUUUACAAAUUUUGCGAAGCUGUGGUUAAUUGGUGAUAGGAUUUUGCCUUUUUUGCAAUUAGUAAAGUCUCCACAAGUAUGGGCUAAGACAUUACGGCCAAUACAAACUGUGGACCUCAGUAUGCCUGUGUAUGAAUUUCUAGAAAUGAAAAAUCACUACGUAUUCAAAAGGCCUGACUUACAACUUAAACAAGUGAGUUUACAUUUGACUUUGGUUGAUUGA